AUGUCCCUGACGGUGGCGCAGGUACUCGAGAUCGUCCCCGACGUCGAGCCUACGCAUCUACUGAAGCUCAUCCGGCACCACCUCGAUGUCCAAAACGUAGACUCUGCAGGUACAACUGCCACCGCCCUGGACCCGUAUGAAGUUGCUCUACAGCGGGUUUUGCACUCCCUGUUCGAAACGCCCAAUUACCCAAAGGUGUCGAGGAAGCGGAAACGUUCGUCAGACGAAGGUGCAGAAGAGGCAGUCCCUGCGAAAGCAAGGAAGCUUGAUGGGCCCGACUAUACUAGCCAAGGUAGAGCACGCCUUGGAGGCAAGUACUACGACGUCCUGGCUUUAGUGAGUCCGCCAUACCGCUUGGACUACCCGACAGAUGCUUACUGUUCGACUCAGAAUCAACUCUCGCAGGAGUUUCCUAGUAUUCCCUGUGACGAGGUACAACGGCGCUUUGCAGAACACAAUAGACUGUAUGCGCCGACCUAUCUCUCCCUGCAUGCUCAGCGACGGGAAACGACAUCUACGAAUGGCACAGCCCGAUCGUCUGGCAAGAAACGCAAAGGCAAGGGGAAGGCGCACCACGACGUAGAGUUCGAGAAAGAACGGGCGUGGCUUGUGCGCAAGCUGCAGGAGGACGUCGCCUUGCACGGCGUGGAAGGGGACGACGGCGAAGGUCUGGAGUGUGGAUGCUGUUUUUCGACCUAUCCCUUUAGCAAAAUGACUCAGUGCCCAGACACGCAUCUUUUCUGCGUGGAUUGCGUCACGAAUUACGCUGCGACGCUCCUCGGCGAGCACAAUCACGCGAUCAGUUGCAUGGACCAGUCUGGGUGCAAGCUGCUCUUCGCGCCAUCGGAGCUCCGCCGGAUCCUCACGCCGAAAUUGCUUGAGCUGUACGAGCGCGUCAGCCAGCGGAAGGAGCUCGAAGCAGCGGGGCUCGAAAACCUCGAGGAGUGCCCGUUCUGCGAGUACCAGGUCGUGAUCGAGAACGAGCAGGAGAAGCUGUUUAGGUGCGAGCGCGAAGAGUGCGGCGCCGUUUCUUGUCGGAAGUGCAAGAAGCUAGAUCACUUGCCCAAGAGCUGCGAGGAGGCUGCGGAAGACAAGAAGCUCGACGCUCGCCACGCUAUCGAGGAAGCUAUGACUGCUGCCCUCAUGCGUAAUUGUCCGAGCUGUAACAAAGCAUUUAUAAAGGAGGCUGGGUGCAACAAAAUGGUCUGCCCGCAUUGCAAAACGAUGUCAUGCUACACUUGUCGCAAGAUAAUCAACGGUUACGAGCAUUUUAAUCAGGCACCUCCGUAUAAUUUGCCAAAAGACAGUCGAAAAUGUCCGCUAUGGGAA